AUGUCUCUAUCGUGUGCUAUCGAAACAUGCAAACGUAAAUCACGAGCAAUAUGUCAUUGUUGCAACAAGAAUCUUUGUCCUGAUCAUUUUAAAGAACAUGUUGAUUUAAUAAAUUCACGAAUGAAUCCUCUUGCUGAUGAAAUAAAUACUCUUGAUAAUCAAUUGUCGUUAUUAAAUGCUGAUGAAGUUAUUGACAAAUGUCGUCAAAAAUUGGAUAAAUGGCGUCAUGAAUGUCAUGCUACAGUUGAUCGUUUUUAUGAAGAAAAAUGUCAAGAACUUCAACAGCGUUGUGUUGAGAAAGUUGGUGAAAAACGAAAAAAACUUCAUCAAUUAAAAUUAAAAAUAAAUGAACUUAUUCGAGAACAAGAAGCUACACAUGACGAUAUUUGCUCAUUGAAAGCAACUAUUAAUGAUAUCAAACGUGACGUUGACCAAUUUGAAGAGAAUGGCAUUGUAGUCGA